AAAACUGUGCGCAAGCCCCCUGGCGCCGAGUCGACGACUAAUGAUCAGUCCUGCCUUGUCUACUAACGAGUGCGUAGCGACACCGUGAACUGUGUUUAUACAAAACGUUUCUCCGUCAGUGUUUGUUUAGUUUCGACAGUUUCCACACCAUACACACGUGAAAAUGGCUGACAGUGGUCUUAAGAGAAAUAUUCCCAUUAAACUUGGAGAUUUUUCUGUCAUUGAUACCGAGUUUUCGAGCAUAAGGGAACGAUUUGAUGCUGAAAUGAGAAAGAUGGAAGAAGAAAUGAGCAAAUUUCGAUCGGAACUAAUGAACAGAGAAAGCAACAACUUCUUUAAGAGUUCAACGAGGUCUUACAAUUUCGAAUCUGUUUCCUCUGGAGGAGUAACCAAGUCAAAAGAGAGUACUACCACAUCAUCACAGCACAGUGACAGCCGACAGCUGGCUGAGCCUAGUCAUUGGGACAGUCUUAACUCCCCCCUUAUUCAGGACGAAGGCGAUGGCAAGUCACUCAAGCUCAGAUUUGAUGUUAGUCAGUACACCCCUGAAGAGAUCGUCGUGAAGACAGUCGAUAACAAAUUAUUGGUGCACGCCAAACACGAGGAGAAAUCGGAGACAAAGUCCGUAUACAGAGAAUAUAACAGAGAAUUCCUUCUGCCUAAAGGCACAAACCCGGAGGCGAUUAAAUCUUCGUUGUCCCGGGACGGAGUUCUGACUGUGGAGGCGCCACUGCCACAGCUCGCUAUCACCGACAGGAACAUCCCUAUUCAGAAGCAUUGAGGCGAAACGUAGCGGUCUUCGACAGCAGCUAUUCCAUACUACUGUUAAUAAUAAUUUAUUAUAAUUUACAAAUUUACUAUUAAGGAGUAUUGGAGAUAUUCAGAUAUUUAUUUUGAAUCUUAAUUAUAAUGAAUCUCAGCGUUUAUUAACACGUAUAUUGUUUGAAUUAUUUAAAAUUAUUCCAAUUUUUAUUCCGCUGGUCAAUUCGGGAAACAAUCUCGAGUCGCACUGUACGCGUCUUCUUGCUUAGAGACAAUGCUUUCACUGUGAUCGUUAGAAGUUUAUGAAUAUAAUCAUGAAUUUGUGAAGGCACUUUUUAAUCAAGCGGCAUGCUGAUAGAUCGAUCGCACCGUUUUUAAUGAUUAUACACGUAAUUUAUCUGAAUUUCUGAUAAUUCAACGGCCUACGACUGCUUGGAAUGGAGCUUAUAAAACGUGUUCAGUGAUAAUAUUGCAAUUAGAACCUUCCGAACUUUCGAAGAUAUUAAAACUUAGACAAUGUCUACAACAUUUUAAUGUUUAACAUCUAUUGAUGAAAAGUCCAUUCAUCCUAACAUAAAUUUAUAGGCAAUAAUAAUAGCAUUAUAUUCAGCACACAUGUUAACAGCUUUUAACUGAUAAACAUUUAUAUUUUAGUACAAACAGUUGUUACGAAAGUUGUAGAUGUCAAUAAAAUGCAAAAACUA